AUGACGGUCGAGCCGCUCUCAUCCAAUGUAGUCAACUAUCUCGUCUGGCGAUAUCUUCAAGAGGCCGGCUACGGUAAUGCCGCGCUGCAUCUCUCGCGCUGCUGGAUCCGCGACCCCCAGACGCUCCCUUUCGCGCGCGACGUGCAGCCGCACACGCUCGUAAACCUUCUGCAAGACGGGCUUUGGUUCGACAAGCUGCAGGCCGAGGCUGCCAACGUUGAGCAACGCUAUCACUUUGGCCGCGAUCAUGGACAGCCGUAUUCGGUGCGCAACGGCGCCUUGCUCACUCUGGACCAAGGCAUCCCCGCCCACGAGCUCGCCGAGCAGGCGAAUGGCACCGUGCAAGAACCACCGCCCAAGAAGGGCGUGAAAAAGAGGAAAGGAAAGCCAAACGGUGUCGUGGCAGAACCGCGCGUUGCCGAACAAGUCAAUGGCGACGCCAUGGACGUUGACACCAACGGCACCAACCAUGUCGCCCCGAGCGUGAACAGCGUGCGAGCUGAAUCUGAAGCUAUAGCUUCCGAAGCCGAAUCUCCGACUGUAGCCGAAAUCCCCAUCUCGACUCUCAGCAUCGGCCAGAGCACUGACGUGCAGACGGAAGUGAUUGCAGAUCUUGCGCCCAACACCACAUUCAUACCAAGCCUCAAAGACUCGGAAAGAGUUGUAGAACACACCUCGUGGGGUCCACCAGAUGCUCCCGUUCUGCUGACCGCUGGCAAAUCGCUUCUCAACAUUCAGGUCAUUCCUAAAGACAUGAACAACGCUACUGCACCCGCCGCCAACCCUCUCGCUCUGAAGUUCCCUAUGAAUAAGUACACCGUGACCGCAUUAUGCUGGAUCUCGGGUGAAGAUAUUGCGGUGUCCGCUCGCGAAGAGAUUGUCAAUGAGACGGGUGAGAAGAUGAUGAUAGACAAGCUUAUCAAAAUCACAGAUGCAGGAGAAGACUACCAAGUACUUUCCUCGACCGCAGGACUCGUCAAUACCUUGAGAUGGAACAAAGAAAAAGAAAUGCUUCUGAGCAUAUCGACCGAUGGAGAGCGUGGGUCCAUCAAGAUCUGGAAUAACCAUAAUGACUCUAUCCCUGCCUGGGCCGAAUUUACCGACACCGUCAUAUUCGAUGCUCUCUGGAUUAGCGCCUCGGCCUUUGUAGUCUGUGGUAUUGAACUCUUCAAGGUAUUCGAGAUAGACGAUACUUUGAAAGUUCGGCAUAGUCUCGACACCAGAGUCCAGUGGGAAACACUGAAAUUUGAUCCUUCCUCUGGUACCAUUGCCGCGCUUGGUAUAGACGGAAAUUCCAGUGUGUUGGGCAUUGUGAAUCCGAACAGCCCUUUCAACUUACAAACACAACAUUUCUCGGACGAGUCUCUGACAGAUCUCGAAUUCCGGAAACGCAUAGAUAGCGGCAGUAUGGACCUCCCCUCAGCUGGCGCGGGCUCAGAAUCAUCAGUGCUUUUAACGACGUGUUCGAUGUCGGGAGUCGUGCGCGCAUGGGACGCUAAUGUGCCGUUCAGGUGCCUCAAGACUCUCUCGACCACUGAGAAGAGGGAAGCAUUCAAGGUUGCAUUUUCCCCUGACGGUGUCUUGCUAGCAGCGGCAGGGCCUGACGCAGUGACGAUAUGGGACGUCGACAGGAGAGACAUUCCCAUCGCAAGUUGUCGCGCUCGCGAAUGGGGCAGCGACAAGUGGAAUCCUGGCGUGGAUGGCGAAUUCAGUCUGGGAUGGGAUCCGGAUGGUUCGAGGUUGUCUGUCGCUCUCGGUAACCAGCAUUCGGUCACGGAUAAUGGAAUCAAGCCCUACGAGAAGAAGGAUCUGACGACGCUUCAAAGUUUGAACCAUCGAUCCUACCCGUAUCGGUCCAGCGUACCAGUGGCCACCAGCUGCAAUUCGCCCAAUGCGUGA